CGUUGUUUAAUUUUUUGUUGGCGUCGGUUUCGUUUCGAAGGAAUUUUUUGUGCAUUAAACAAGUACAUAUUUCGUGUAAUUAACUGCGGUUGUCAUUGAACAAGACAAAAGAGAUCGUGCAACACGGCCAACAAAUUCGAUGCUAAGCAAAAUGGCUCAACCAAACAAUGCGAGUGGCGGCGGUGGAACAGGAGGAGGAGUAGUCGCCAGCGGCUCGGGACGUCGCUUGCCGCUCUCUCUGAACGCUGGCGCUGCUGUCAGCCGGUCCCAGCAGGGAGGAGGCAGCCCCCAGAACGGUGGCAAAAAGACAGAAGCAUUCGGCGCUGGUCCAUAUGUGUCUCUCAAGAAAUCCAGUGGUCAGAGAUCCGGAUCGGCAAGCUCUCCCUCUGCUUCUGCCUCGAGUGGCUUUACCGCCAAGGAGGACGAAAAGAAGAGCAUUAAUGGCGUUAGCAAGUCCACCAACGGAAAGGAUAAGACGCCGCAGAACGGCAACUCAGCCAAGGAUCAGAAGCCCAAGGAAAAGGUCGAAAAAGUAGCUGAAAAGAGGGACAACAAGGAUGACCAAGAGAGCACCAACGUCACCAGCGAAAAGGAAGCCAAAAAGGCUGUUGCUACUUCACCGAUUGUAAAAGAAAAGAUUGCAGAGAUUGAUCUAACCGUCGCUGAGCCUGAUGUGGUUGUGGUAAAAGACAGUCCAGUGAAAGUGCCCACCACCCCCACUGGCGAGCGAAAAUCGUUGCGCAAAGCGGCGGCUAGCCAGCAAAAAUCUCCGACCAGCAAGCAGAGCUCCUCGCCGGCUACGAAGAAACAGACAGAAACGGAAGCGGCUGCUCCAGAGCCAGUUCAGGAGUCACCCGCUACACCACAGGAGGAUGUUGAAAUGGAGCCACUGACUAUGGAUGCCUCACCCAUACGCAGUGUGACAAGUGCUGUGGACCAUCUCAAUGCCCAACCGGCUGCCACAUCGACACCAGGACGCCGACUAUUUGGUUUCGGGGGAAGCAGCAAGCCGCCAAGCAACGAGGUCAACCUGGUUGCUGCUCAGUCGUCCAGCCCGGCACCGGCCCGCACUUUUGCACAGAUCAGUGGCAGGCGCAGCAUACGCAACACAGCCUCGCUGACACCGUCGAAAGUGGGCAGCUAUAGAUGCACCACCAACGAUCUGGACACAUCGACCAGUACAAAUUACAGCAUGAAUGCUACAGUUGGCUCAGAGAUACCCAACAGUUCAUCUUUCUCCUUCUCGUUCUUUGGGCGCGGACGCAAGCGCGAGCGGACACCGCCCCAACAACUGCUGGGAUCAAAGUCGACCACUGACUUGCCGCAGGAUAUGGAGACUUCGCCACCGAAGCGCGCCCGCUUUGAUCUCUUCAGCCUGAGCUUGGCAUCGCCUUUCUCUUUGCUGCGAUCGCGCUUCUCGAAGACCACCAUCAGCUCGCCCCAGCGGUUGCGUCUGGACCAGCCCACAGCCGACGGCGAUGAAAAUGGCAAAGUCCAGGACGUUCAGUGCAUUGCUGUCGAAAUGGAUCAACAGCAGCUCAACAUCUCUUCGGGCAGUGCUGAGGAGCAGGACCAAAAGGAGGUGACUGUCGGUCAAGAGGCAGGCCUGGAGACGCCUAAGAAGGCCGGUAGCCCAGUCAAAGAAAUCAACGAUAAGGAAAUCAACGAUGGCAACGCCGAGGCUGAUGGCGAGAAUAUUUCUCCGGUUGCAGAGGAACCCGUGGAAGUAUCCGAAGUCGAAAAUCGCUCGCGCUGCUCAAUAAUGUAAACGAUGGAUAAGAUGGACUUCCCCCGAUGAUAAACUCCCAAUCCCUUUCCUUUAGCUGAUAAACUUAUUUCGUAUGUCGUAGCAUAUCCGUCACCCUUUCAUGUGGUUUGUGUUUUGACAACAAUUACAUGUUAAGAGUGAGCUGCAAACCCCCGCUUAUGGCCAUAGCCAGCACGGGCUGCGGCAUUGGCUGUUCUCUUCUGGCGGAAGGAAGAGCUAACCCAAGCCAGGCCCAGCACGUGGCCGACCUGGCGGUGAUUCCUCGCUGAAUGGCUGAGCCUCAAUCUCAGGCUUCUCAGGCAUCCACUGACGAAUCGCCUGGCACCGAGAACAAUACACCACCAUCUCCUGGGUACCCAAACAAUGUGGGUACAAGAAGAAACAAAUAUUUAGCUGUAGUUUGGAUAAGAAUUCAAAGUUUUAUGUUAAAUGUACGUCUUUUUUCUGUUAAAUUAAAGGCUUUCUAUCAAAUAAACACAGGAAAUUAUGAUAUAAGCAAUUAGUUGCGUCAAAAUGUAACGCAAAUUUCAUAAAUAAAGUGCAUUUUUAAUAAAUA